AGAGCUGGCUUUCAACAGUCACAGCAAGAUGGUGAGGCUGUGGCAACUCAUGCUCCUGUGCUGGGCAUGGAGUCCUCUGUGUCUGCCGUCCAGUGUAAGCUUCACUGGAACACCACAGGAGUGUGAACGUGCUCACUUUGUCCCUGGUUACAAUCUGGGUGGAGAAGGCUUCAACAUUGUCACAAUGCAGAGGAAAGGAGCCUACGUCAUCGACACUGAAACAUGGAAGCUUGGAAAUGGCACUUGCAGGUUAUACACAAACAGCUACCUGAGUCAGGAAAAGCAGAAGGUCCCAGCUGCUGUGGUGGACUGGAGAAGCCUUCCCAAGUGCAGUUUAAAGGUCACCAGUAUACUCUAUGAUUCUGUUGAAGCUCUUGUCAAUGACUCCACAUCAUCUGUGACAAAUGAUUGGAAAGUCGGCCUCAACAUCUCUGUAGACCCCGGUGUUACUCUUGGUGUUGGCUUUGGAGGGUCCCACUCCAGAGAUUCUACCUAUGCCAUGCAAAAGUCAAAACAAGACCAUUACAACUUCUUUCGCCAUUCUGUCUACUGUCACUUCUACCAAUACAGACUGGCUACAAACCCUCCACUCAGUCAUGAAUUUCAAUCAGCUGUCAACGCUCUUCCUUCCUAUUCACAAAAAACGAUGUUAUAUCGCAAUCUAAUUGACACCUAUGGUACACAUUACAUCAUGCAAGUGUCUCUGGGAGGGGAAAUGAAGGCCAUCACUUCCAUCAAGACCUGUGAGGCAACCAUGAGUGGAGUGUCUGCAACAGAAGUCAUGGACUGUUUGUCCGCCGAGGCCUCGGCUUCGUUUCCAAAUUCAGCCAGUAUAAAUGCCAUGUACAAACACUGUCAGGAAAAGAAGAAGAAGUUAGGCUGGAGCCAAAGUUUCAGCAGCACAUUUAACGAGCGUAACACAGAGAUCAUUGGUGGAAACAUUAAUGAAGCUGAUAUCCUCUUUCAGGGGCAAUCUGAUCCUUCUGUCUAUAAAAACUGGCUUAAUUCACUGAAAACCACACCUGAUAUUGUCCAAUACAACAUAAAGCCCCUGCACACCAUACUGCCAAGUGGUCAUCCUGCCAGAGCUGGAUUGAAACAAGAGGUGGAGAAGUACAUCAAGGAAAAUGCAGUGUUGAAGAAAUGCUCAGAAUCUUGUCAAGUUGGGCACAGAUCCAACAAAAGGGAUCCUUGUGCUUGUGUCUGCAACAGUAACCAGAACCUCAAGUCAAACUGCUGCCCUGCUGGGAGAGGUCUCGCAACAUUAAAGGUGUUCAACCUUUAUGCACAGGGUCUGUAUGGUGAUGAUUGGUGGUCUCAGACAGAAGGUUCAGUAGAGGUCAGAUAUGGUGAUCAGACAAAGCGCACUGCCAUUAUAGCAGACAAUGACAAUCCUAAAUGGUCAGAGACGUUUGAAUUUGGACCCAUCACCAUCACCAUGAAAAACAAACUCAUGUUCAGUAUUUAUGAUGAGGAUACUUACUGGAACAGUGAUCUGCUUGGCGAGUGCUCAUUUGAUCUGCGUCAAGGGACAGUGACAGACAGCUGCAUGUUAGAUCAUGGUACCUUCUUUUUCUCCUACAUAGUAGAAUGUGCACCAAGUCUUGGUGGUGACCAAUGUCAAGAGUACAUUCCCUCCCCCAUGAGUCCCUCUCUGGCCAAGGUCUUCUACACCAGAAAUGGGAUCCUGGUUGGAGAAUCAGGGGAGAAUCAGGCUCAGUCAGUCAGUCAGUCAGGUGGAGGUCAGCCACUGAUGUGAGAUCAGGUGAUGACAGCAUAAACAUUUGAUUUUAUGAUGAAUAUCUUGCUUGUAGUUAAUAGCAUAUUUUACACUGUUACUCUUACUUAUCUUUCUUUCUCUGACUUUUGUGGGCAAACUGAGUUACUCAUGUUCUCAAAGUCUCAAACUUAAUCCAAAUAUGUGUUUGUCAGAAACCAGUUGGAUAAUCCACUUUAUAUGCCUCUGUCUAGUUAGUUACAAAAUCUGCCAAUAAAGCAUCAACAAAGACAACAUAAGUGUCUGUC